ACGCAGCGGUGUCCCUCGAGAGAGAAAGCUAAAAAGAAAACAACCAGAUGCGGGUUCCUCAGGUGAAACUCUUCAAGCGGUGAUACGAGUAGAAGCGCCAACGGGGAGAGUGAACCGCCUUGGGGAACGCCGCUAAUCUACUACGCUAUAGCUGACACACUCCUAACACACCUCUUCCUCUCUCCUACUCGUCUAAAUACCUUUUUCCUUCCCGCUGCGCCGCUGAAUUUAGAGGGUGGAUAGAGACACAAGGGAAGCAAAGCAUUCAUUGUCAGUGUCAAGGUGAAGGUGGUAGUGUGGUCUUGUGUCACGGGAGGCGUCUGGCAUCGCUCUCCCCGCCACUUAUAUAAAGGCGAGGUGUGCAACUAUGUGUGAUCAAAGCGUCACGGCACCUUGCUGGAGCAACAUGGCUUCAAGGCGGUGCUCAUGUCUUCCUGCUGCUGCUGUGGUGGCGGUGGCGGUGGUGGCGGCAGCGAUGGUGGUGGUGGUGGAGGCGGCUGAGGAGGACGAGGUGGGAGGGAAGACAGUGCGAAUCCCAAAUAUACCAAACUUUCCUAAUCUGGUGAUAGAUCGUGGACCUCUGUUUGGCCUCUUCGGUAACGUCGAGGAGGAAGUGAAGGUAGUGACGUGCGGGGAGACCAGUGAGGCGGCCCAGACAGUGUGGCAGAGUUACCAGUACCCAGAGUGGCAGGCUGACAUUGCUGGCCUGUGCACCCUCACCUACACACCGCCUGAGAACUCCUGCGGCCUGAGGAUACACUUCGUAGACCUAUAUAUGGGUUCCCCGCUGCCCUCCCACCACUCCUCCUGCUCCCACAGUGCACCGUCAUUCAAGGUACACUACAACGGUGCAGUCACUCCCGCCAUCUGCAGUGACGUGACUGGAUAUGAAGCUAUCGUGGAUUUGGACCCCGAAGUGAGCCAGCCGCUGGGGUUUGUGCUGCAGCUUGACACGGAGACAGACUACAAGUUCAGAGUCAACCUCACCGCCGUGGUCUGCUCUGAUUUGCACGCCUACCAGUCCCCCAACACUUGCGGGAUCAAGAACUCUCAAGCAAUUCUAGAGGCUGGAUACGAGACAGUUAGAAACAUAUAUACCAACAAGGAAGAGGAGGAAGUGGUGAAGGAAGAGGACCAGGUAGAGGGGGAGGGGGAGGAGGAGGAGGAGGAAGAGGAGAAGGUUAAGAGACGUGUGAAAAAGAAAGAGGAGGAGGAAGAGGAGAAGUCAUACCGUCAAGAAAAGGGGAUGUGGGAUGAAGAUUUGGAGGAGGAGGACGAAGAGGAGGAGGAGGUGGAGAGCCAGAGGGAGCCACGUCGCCGCAGGAAAAAUAACCGCAAGAAAGAAGCGAUGGUGAAGAAACUGCGAAAGAAAACGGAUGUCCUCUCGCAAGCCUUAGCUUCCGGAAUUGAGGCAGGCAUCGUCGGCCUUACCAAUGAUGAACGCCUUCGCCGCCAGCCGUGGAGGGAAUCGGUCCCAAGCAUCUGGCCGUGGAUGGUGAGCAUUGAGAGGAAGGUGCUGCGUAACGUCGGGAUCUCUGAUAAGCUGCAGGUGGAUCGCUCAGCCUCGCAAUGGUGCACGGGCGUCCUGCUUGACCAUUACCACGUGCUUACCGCGGCCUCCUGCGUCCUGCCCAGUGACAGGAACAACAUGGUACGAGUGAAAGACUUGAAGGUGUUGGUAGGACAAGACCAGACCUCCUCAUCUUCCUCGUCCGCCUCUCGCCGCAGCGGGUCGCAGCAACAUCAAAGCACAAACGGUCUCGGUGUGUCCAGAGUCUCCUUCCCUCUCCAAUACAACCCAGACCUCCGCAGCGACAAUCUGGCAGUCCUUGCCCUUGAACAUCCCAUUAGUUACAGCACGACGGCCCGGCCUGUGUGUCUGCCGGCGCAGUACAACAGGUUCCCGCGUAACAAUGGCUUCGUGUCUGGAUACGUGAAGGAAUCAGAGAGUAAGAGCAGAGAAAACCAACGCUCAUCGUCCAGGACACUCGUGGAGACUGACCUCAAUGUGCUGAGUCGAAGUGAGUGUUCUGACAGACUCUCCAACCUGCCGUACCGGAGUCAGCGCCUGCAGGAAACCAUGGCGCGGCAGAGGCUGGUGUGCACGCGAGGGAUACGCACUCGGAACGCGCCACUCUGCCAGCUGGAGACAGGGGCGCUGCUCAUCCGGAGAGACCGCGGUCAACUUCACUACCUCGCGGGCGUGAUGGGCGGCGAGGAACAAUGCGGCGUGGACUUCCCCAAUGUGUUCAGCGAGGUGCCACUGUCCUCAGCCUUCCUCAACCUUGCACUUGCCCCUCGCACCUAAAUAUCCUGGGAAACAACUCUCUAUUCAUCACUCCGUCGCUGUUGUUGUCGUUGUAGCUCUCUCUCUCUCUCUCUCUCUCUCUCUCUCCACGUCGACGCCUCCUCCGAUAUGAGGCACGUAUUCUAAAACGCUUUGCUGUCUCACUAUUCUCAAAGGUUGCAUGAUUGACUGGAUUCUUAAGAGUGUGUGUUUUCAUGGUAAUAAUGUAGAAGUCUUGUUGAUUUGUCAUUAGAACUAUGAAAAUAGUGUCUGACGCUGUGGUGAGUGACUCAUGCAUGGCCCAGCUGAAGUCUCUCAGAUCAAUGUAUAAUGUGAGGUGAAAUUGCCACCGAUUUGCGUUGACGAGAGCAUGCUACACUCAAUACUACUACUACUACUAUUACUACUACUACUGCCUAUAGACAAGCAUACCGAUCAUUUUUUUCUUCACUCAUAAGCCCAUAUUAUGAAACGCUUUGCUUUCUCACCAUCACUGCUUUCCAAAGGCUCCAGCUGAAGAUACUCGUUUUUCUAAGAGUAUUUUUAUGGUUCUGGUGCUGGACUGGCAAGAUUUCUAGUUUAUAGUAAAGGGAGAGACUGUCUUGAAAACCCGGCUAUUUGUCUCUGUGGUCUUGGAAAAUAGUCGUAGUGAGAGGGGAAGGCGCUUCUGAAUAUGGGCUUCAAUACCAUACUCUUUCACUACCACCAUUACCAUCACCACCACUGACAACUCUUCAUCUCUUCUCUUCAGUUAUUACCAUUCAUCAUCACCACCACCACCACCACAACCACCCUCAUCACUACUACUAUUACCACAUCCGCUUCUACCACCACUGCUACCACCGUCGUUCUCCUCCACUGUCAUCACACCACACAGACACGACUAUUACCGCCACAUCCUCCACCAUCACCUCCUCUUCCUCCUCCACCAGUGCCUCAUCCUUUCGUGACCUUAAUCUACAUAGUGUGUGUGUGUGUGUGUGUGUGUGUGUGUGUGUGUGUGUGUGUGUGUGUGUGUGUGUGUGUGUGUGUGUGUGUGUGUGUGUGUGUGUG